UGUGAGCGUCAUUUUGGUCUGGAUUUAUUUUCUCAGCAGACUUUGGAUAUCACAUCACAUCUCCAGAGCCACCAUCCAGCUGUGUCAGGAAAACUUGGAGGACGUUAACUAUCCUUCCCUGGUUUUUUGAGAGUUUUUAAAGAGAAAAAAAAAACAAAUAAGAAAGUUAAGUGUGUGUCUCUUCUUGAAGUGAAUGAAAAGUGUGUGUUUGCUGUCAGUGAAGGUGGCAGCUUGAAGGUGUGUGUGUGUAUGUGUGUGAAGUGAUCCACUGCAGCAGCAGCAUGUUGCCACCUGUGAAGAAAGACCGGAUCAUUACUCAGCUCCCACAAUGUUUCAGUCCCAAUGCAGCACUGCACACCAAAGAUAAUUUCCACCCACAGGUGAAGGCUGCGUGCAAUGUCCAGAGGUCAGACACAGUGAGCUUUAAUAUCGCCAAGGUCAUCGUAGUGGGAGAUGUUGCAGUUGGGAAAACGUGUUUGAUCAGCAGGUUCCGUAAGGGUGCGUUUGAGAAAAACUACAAAGCAACCAUAGGGGUGGAUUUUGAGAUGGAGCGUUUCGAGGUGCUCGGUGUUCCCUUCAGUUUACAGCUGUGGGACACAGCAGGCCAGGAGCGCUUCAAAUGCAUUGCUUCGACCUAUUACAGAGGAGCACAAGCCAUUAUAGUGGUGUUUGACUUGAGCAGUGUGAGCUCUUUAGCACAUGCCAGGCAGUGGUUGGAGGAUGCCAUGAAGGAAAAUGACCCAUCCAGUGUUUUACUCUUCCUUGUCGGUACCAAGAAGGACCUCAGUUCUCCGGAUCAGCUGGCUCAAAUUGAGCAAGAAGCCAUCAGACUCUCGGAGGAAAUCAAAGCAGAGUACUGGGCCGUGUCUGCCAAGUCAGGUGAUGGUGUCAAGGAUUUCUUCUUCCGUGUGGCCUCGCUGACUUUUGAGGCCAACGUUUUGGCGGAGCUUGAGAAAAGUGGGUCAAGGCACGUCGGUGACAUUAUAAGGCUCACAGACAGUACAGAAGCUCAUCACAAACCAACCAAGAGGAAAUCCACCUGCUGCUGAGAGAGGACGACCACCUGGAUACACGUCACAGUGAAGGGGAAAAUUAAACUGAAACAUGGACUCAGCAUGCUCAGCGUGGAUAUCGUGAACAGACCACGUGAAAAGUAAUGUCCCAUCAGCUAAAUCAUGUUAUAUUUGUGUUGUUCGGCAAAUGACCUGAGAGGAUGUUGAGGCUGUAAACAACAAGAAAUACUCUCAGGAAUGUUUGUUGCAACAAAUAAAGCUUUGUUAGAUGCUUCUUAACAUUUAUCAACAAAGGAAGAUUAUUCUCCAGUAGAUCUUUUAUUAAGCUGCACUUGCUUUUUAUAAACAUUCGUGUGUCUGAAGCAACAUUUUUCUCCCGUUGCUGGAGAAUAUAUCAGCACCAGACGUGGUGCAUUCCAUUGGGUUUUCUCAAUGGUCCUUCUGUCAUGUGUCUGUGCUGCUAAUGUGAUGCGCACUCCAGCUCCCAUGACCACAGUCAUACCCACAACGCAUCUCUCUCCUCUGACAUAAGGGUUCUCAUGGUCUUGAAAAUGGAGGGAUUGUUCGCUGGGACAGGAAGUUACAUCUGAGGCUAACUGAUUUCUCACUCAGUUAAGUCAGACAGGAGGAAGAAGUCUGCUUUUUUGUCAUCUCCUAUUAAACACAUAUACGUUUAUUAUAACUCCUGGAUUUUGAAUUGUAAAUAAAUUGGUUUUGAUCAGUUUGUCUUUUCUUUCUGUUGAAAUAGAAAAAGCUAUGUGGUGUAAACACAGCGCAAAUGUUGGGAAAA